AGUCCUGGCAGUCCUGGAACUUAUAUCCUCCUGCCUCUGCCUCCCGAUUGUUGGAAUUAAAGAGGUAAGCCACCAGCCAUACAGCAUUCUCGUAACAGCUGCCCCCCGCAUUAACCGUUCACCUGCACUGUGCGGACUACAGCGGCGCGGCGCUCCUCCGCUCCCCGCCCGAGGCCCCCGGUGUCUCCGCCGCGCAGGCAGCGCCGUAGCCAGCCCCGAGCCGCGAGGACCCACAGCCAAGAUGGCGGCACUCGCGAUGCGGAGUGGCCGCCUCCUGCGGCUCUCUGUGGCCCUGGGUCCCAGCUCCCGCAGCUACCGUGCGCCCCCGCCCCCGCGCCGGCGCCCCGGGCCCCACUCGCCAGACCCGGAGAACCUGCUGACCCCGCGAUGGCAGUUAACGCCCCGCUAUGCUGCCAAGCAGUUCGGGCGGCACGGCGCCAUCUCCGGGGUGCCCCCCGCCUCCCUGUGGCCGACCCCAGAGCAGCUGCGCGAGUUGGAGGCCGAGGAGCGAGAAUGGUACCCGAGCUUAGCGACCAUGCAAGAGUCGCUGCGCUUGCAGCAGCAGGCCGCGGAGGCAAGGCGUCAAGCCAGGGAGCAGCGUAUUGCAGAGUGCAUGGCCAAGAUGCCACAAAUGAUUGAGAACUGGCGAAAGCAGAAGCAAGAACGUUGGGAGAAAAUUCAGGCUGACAAGGAGCGGAGGGCCCGGUUACAGGCUGAGGCCCAGGAACGCCUGGGCUACCACGUGGACCCAAGGAGUGCCCGAUUCCAGGAACUAUUACAGGACCUGGACAAGCAGCAACGCAAGCGCCUAAAGGAAGAAAGACAACGACAGAAGAAGGAGGCACGAAUUGCUGCUGUGGCCUCUGCCGAAGCCCAGGACUCAGCAGUGUCUGGUGAACCCAGCUCCUGAAAGUCCCCUUCCCAAUAAAGCCAGCUGCUGACAACC